AUGUGCUACACUGGAUGGGCUGGUUUUCUGCUGCUCUGCUGCACUGUUGCGUCCCUCUUUUCAGCGGCCCCUGUGGUGGCAGGGGAUUACGAGCCGGAUGUGGCAUCCAACAUGCCGCUACUUGAGCAGGUGAUCGCACAGCCCUUUAAGGUCAGCGUUAUCUCCAGCAGGUAUGGCGUCUUCAACGCAACACUCACCUUAAAGGGUUCACCAAACUUUCCUGAACAUAUCCACGGGGAAUUGAUUCCUACUGGUGAGCAACGCAGGGCAACUGCAGAGCAAGUGCCACUAGAUCAUUUUAAAUACCCACUUCCGAUGGAGACGGAGGCGCCACCGCAUGGAACACUUGAGGCGCACCCAUCUCUGUUAAGUAUUGACAUUCGGCUUGAGUUUUCGGGUUCAACCGUUGGGACGGUCAGUGCGUGGUCGCUACCGGCUGAAGAGAGGCUGCUUGAGCAGCGACUGUCUGAGGUAGAAGAAGUUGAUGCGACUCCUACGGCUACGGCGUCCUUUUCAUUUGUUCAUGAAGCAAAGAGCCUGUCACCCUCCACACUCAGUGAUGUCCCUGCGAUGGCACGAACAGCGACAGGGGUCGUCGCGUUGGAAGGAGGGGGUUCAGGCAGUUUCACAUUGCGUUUUUUUUCCGACCACGAAUUCUCUCUUACGUUACAGCUCCGCAUGGGAGAAACCGCCGUGGAUCGCGUUUGGGUGUACGGCUAUCUUGCUCCUGACAGCGCAUUGGUCCCACGCCCAGAAGUGAAGCAAAGGCCCUGGUACCAAAAACACAGUUUUUUAGUUUUUGCUGUCACAUUCUUUGUAAUUCGCGCCGCCACGACAUAUCUUGACGUGCAACGAACGAAAAAACUGCAAAAGGCAAAGACGGAAGCGGCAGCCGAGGAAGCGAAAAAAGUCAAAUGA